CAUGGCAGCAGCUGGAGGUCUUCUCAGAGAUAUCUGUGAGGAAGCAACUUGUUCCAUCUGCUUGGACUAUUUCACCGAUCCAGUUAUUAUCACAGAGUGUGGGCACAAUUUCUGCCAAGCUUGCCUGACCCAGUGCUGGGGGAAGUCAGAUACGGAGGCUUGCUGCCCUCAGUGCAGAGAAAUCGUUCAGGAACGAAACUUCAGGCCAAAUCGGCCGCUGGCAAAUGUGGCAGAAAUUGCCAAGAAACUUCGGAUGAUUCCCAGUCUUCAGGGUGAAAAGGGGCCAGAAGGAAAGGGGAGAAUCUGUGAGAAACACCAGGAGCCCUUGAAGCUCUUCUGCAAAGACCAUGGCAGGCUCAUCUGUGUGGUGUGUGAUCGAUCCAAGGAACAUGAAAAUCACAAGGAAGAAACACAGGCAGAGAAGCAGAGGACAAUGGCUGCGUUCAGAAAAUUUCACCAGUUUCUGGAAGAACAAGAGAAGCUUCUGCUGACCCAGAUGGAAAAGGCAGAGGAGGAGAUUUCAAGAAGACGGGAUGAGCACCUGAGCAGGCUCUCUGAGGAGCUCUCCUCUCUUGAAAAGAUGAUCCAGGAGGUGGAGGAGAAGUGUCUGCAGCCAGCAGGUGAACUCCUCCAGGAUAUUGGAAGCACCAUGCAGAGGUGUCAGACAAAAGAGCCAUUUAAGAACCCCGUGCUUUUUUCUCCUGCUCUCAAGUGGAAGAUCUGGGAUUUUGUUGAUAGCAAUCCUUUUCUGGAGGGUGUCUUCAAGAAAUUCAAAGACACUCUAGAAUCAGGACUUCCGCUGCAGAAAGCAAAAUAAUGCUCAGGAUCAUCCAACGCAGAUUAGAGCCCUACGUGGAAAGGGAAAGGGAAAUGCUGGAUGUUCAAGCUGGUUUCAGAAAAGGCCGCGGAACAAGAGACAUCAUUGCUGAUGCAUGCUGGAUAAUUGAGAAAGCCAAAGAAUACCAGAAAGAAGUCAAUAUGUGCUUUAUUGACUACAGAAAAGCCUUCGAUUGCGUAGACCAUGUCAAGUUGUGGAAUAUCGUUAGGAAAAUGGGCAAACCAGAACAUCUCAGUGUUCUCAUGAGAAACCUAUACUAGGGGUGUGCACAGAACAGCGGAGCUGCGGUCCGGCACUGGGGUGGGGGGUUCCAAUCAAAACGGGGGGCUUUACUCACCCCUUCCUUCAAAGUAAUGUAUUUUUUGUAGUAAUCGGGCGGCAGCGUGCCGCCCGCUUCAAUCUCCGCUCGGCGCGGGCUCCUCCAUUUGUAUCCAUAAUCGGGCGGCAGGAUCGCUCCCAGUUCCUGCUGCCCCCUUCAAGCUAAGCCAAGCUCGGCUGGCGGCCGCCCCCUGCAGCACUCCAAAGGUCCCCUGCCGCCCCCCUCUAGCCAAAUAUUCCCCCAUUACAAGAGGACGGCAGGAGA